CCGAAAAUCACAACAAAAAACCGUGAGUCCUCUUAACAUAAUUUCAUACUCUCUUCCUAACCUUCAUGAUUUAUCUAACACAACUUCCUUAAUAUUUUUGGUUUGAUAUCAAAUUUGAUUUCUUGAGACUCAUUUAUGAAUUCCACACAAAUCAGAGGUUGUGAAAUGUUCUAAUUGUUCCUUAAAUAUGAUAGUUCCCUAAACAUAUAAACUCCAUCCCCGCCAAAAUUUCAUGCAGAAUGAUCCUGACUACGUGCACUGCUACCCCAACACAACAUUCUCAUCCUCCAAAACCACAUUCACCCAUUCAUCUUCCAAAUCAAAUACCUCACUCUAACCCCAAUCCAACCGUAGCAUGGACAUCCUCCAUUUCUCACCACUGUAAAAACGGCCAUUUACUCCAAGCAGCUUCCCAGUUCAUCCGCAUGAGACAAGCUCAAGUUGAACCCAAUCACAUCACUCUCGUCACUCUUCUCUCUGCUUGCGCACACUACCCCUCCCAAACCAGCAUCUCCUUUGGAGCUACCAUACACGCACACGCUUUCAAAUACGGUUUCGCCAUUAACGAUGUAAAGGUGGGUACUUCGUUGAUUGACAUGUACGCUAAAUCUGGUCGUCUGGAUUCCGCUAGGUUGGUGUUUGAUCAUAUGGGUGUCAGAAAUUUGGUUUCUUGGAAUACUAUGAUUGAUGGGUAUAUGAAGAAUGGUGAUAUUGAAGAUGCACUCAAACUGUUUGAUAAAUUGCCUACGAAGAAUGCUGUUUCUUGGACUGUGCUUAUUGGUGGGUUUGUGAAGAAAGACUGUUAUGAACAAGCUCUAGAGUGUUUUCGAGAAAUGCAGAUUGCUGGUGUUUCUCCUGAUUACGUGACUGUUAUUGCUAUCAUUGCUGCUUGUGCUAAUUUGGGUGCACUUGGUCUUGGAUUGUGGGUACAUAGGCUUGUGAUGAAGAAAGAGUUCGGAGAUAAUGUUAGAGUUUUGAAUUCGUUGAUAGAUAUGUAUGCUCGAUGUGGGUGCAUAGAGCUUGCUCGUCAGGUCUUUGAUGGAAUGACUCUGCGGAAUUUGGUGUCAUGGAAUUCAAUCAUUGUUGGUUUUGCUCAAAAUGGACUUGCAGAUGAAGCUCUGAGUUUCUUCCAUACAAUGAAGAAAGAAGGGUUCGAGCCGAAUGGAGUCAGUUACACAGGUGCACUCACGGCUUGCAGUCAUGCUGGAUUGAUUGACGAUGGCCUGAAAAUCUUUGCUGACAUGAAGAGAGUUCGUAGAGUUUCGCCGAGGAUUGAGCAUUAUGGUUGCUUAGUGGAUCUUUAUAGUAGAGCGGGGAGAUUGGAGGAAGCAUGGGAUGUCAUCGAGAAAAUGCCCAUGAACCCCAAUGAAGUGGUGUUGGGGUCAUUGCUUGCAGCUUGUAGGACUCUAGGUGAAGUUGAAUUGGCUGAAAAAGUGAUGAAGUAUCUUGUUGAAUUGUACCCUGGUGGAGAUUCAAAUUAUGUGCUUCUGUCUAACAUAUAUGCUGCAGUUGGAAAAUGGGAAGGUGCAAGCAAGCUUAGGAGGGCAAUGAAAGAACGUGGCUUACAAAAGAAACAAGGCUUUAGUUCCAUUGAGAUUGAUUCUAGCAUUCACAAAUUUGUGUCUGGAGAUAAAUAUCAUGAAGAAAACGACUGUAUUUACUCAACCUUGCAGCUUCUGUCCUUUGAGCUCCAAUUAUGUGACUAUGUUCCUGAUUUAUCUGGAAAAGAAUCUUACGAGGAAGAUUGAAUUUUGCGAUCGGGUUGCACAGUAACAUAACUCAUUAAACAGUCCUAGUAAUUGAGGUCAAGAAAAUGGUUUUUUAUACCAUAAUUUACUCUGAAAUGUACAAAUCAAAAAACAUUAGGGUGUGUUUGUUUGUUUCAAGGAUUACUACAAUUUUGAGAAUAUUAUUCCAAGCAACAUUACUAAA